AUGUCUGUAGCUGACAGUCUGUACAACCUGCAGCUUCUCAUAGAUUUCUAUGCCCAGCAUCUACCUCCAUCUUGUCCACUUUCCCUGGAAGACUUGCUCUACGUGCCCGCAGCUUUGCGGGUCAAUCUUGUUGCACUCUUAGCGGACCUGUAUUACUGCUUUGAAGUCGCCAAACCAGAGUUUGUACAGCCUAAAGAUUUGCAGUCAAGCCUAGAAAGCACCACACCCACACCUUCAAGUGCGCACAGUGGAGGGGGUUCUCCUGUCUUUAACUUCCGGCCUGGAACCACAGGAUCUCUCCCUCACUCUUCAUCAAUGUCUCACAUGGAAGGAUUUGGAAAGUCCUGGGCAAAAAAUCCAUUAAGCUCCCCACUGUCCCAGGCAGUUUCCUUCAGCAUACCAUUUGGCCUUGACAGUGAUGUUGACAUUGUAAUGGGGAACCCUGUGAACAUUCUUCGUUCUGUCAGCUCAGAUAGCCUUACACCUCCUGUGUAUGCAGCCUCUUCCCAAAAUCCCCCCAGUGCAUUACUCGGGCUUCCUACACCCCACCUGAGGAUGCAGCUGAAUUUCCAACACAACCACGCACCUUUAAGAAGGUCCCAUUGACUGCAAAGUGCACCACAGACCUGCAGGUUCAGGAGAAACCAGGUGGUGGACAAGGAACACAGACAGAAUUGCCCACCAUUGAAGAAGCGCUGCAAAUUAUCCACAGUUCUGAGACUCGACUGCACCCAGAGGGAGCACCAGAUGGAUUUUACCUCCACUCACCAGAAGAGUCAAAGCCGUCUAAAGUAGAGGAUGAUAUGGUCCCAAAUUUAGGUGUGUACAGGACACAUGAUACAUCUAGAAGAUUGUCUAGAGAUGACGAUUCUGUGCUAAGAGAUAAUAGUCUGGACUCUGAUGUAGAUGAGAACAGGGCAAAUCAAGAGUCCAGUCGCAGCUCUCUUAGCUCACAAGCUGAUUCCUCUGCUGGAUCAGGUACAAAGAUGACAAGUUUUGCUGAACGCAAGAAAAAAAUUGAUGCCAAAGUUACCUCAGAUGGUUCCCCAUCUGGUUCACCCAAUACGACCACAUGGGCCCAAAAGGCAGAAGAGUCUCCUGUGAAGAGUCCAGCUUUAAACUCUGAGAUGAACCAGCUUGGUGCCAGGCUUGAGGAGAAGAGAAGGGCUAUUGAAGCCCAGAAAAAGAGAAUUGAAGCAAUUUUUGCAAAGCAUCGACAGCGUCUUGGAAAGAGUGCCUUUCUUCAACUGAAAAAGAAAGAAGGGGAGGAUGAUUGUGAAGAGGAUGAUCUAAAAUUAUCACCAGAUGAGGGCCUUCCUAAAGAGUUAGAAGAGGAAAGACAGAUAAAACAAAACGAAGAAGAAAAGAAUGAGAAGAUGAAUGAUGGGUCUGUAAAACCUCGGGGAGAAAAACAAGUGAGCUUUUCCCCUGAGGUGACAAAAGCUGGACUAGAUAACAAUCUAGGAGACUAUAAUAAAGCAGUAGCAAAAUUGAAUUCAGCUCUAUCAUCUCUACAGUCGGAUAUGAAAAGAUUAUCUGACCAGCAGGAGAAGCUGAUGAAGAAAGAGAGCAAAGCUUGGGUCAUCCCAGCUCCAAAGUCCUCCCCUCCACCACAUCGACCCAAGUCUUCACCGCCUACUAGACUUACAAGAGAGUUCCAAACUCCUCGUUCCUCAUCUGCAUCUCCUUCUCAGUCACCUUCACGAAUAACUCCAAAGUCCCCCCAACCCAACACCAGAAGGUCUUUGCAACCUGCGCCUGUAAUACCCAAAAGUCCCAAAAAUACCCGACCAGUAGAACUAAAGCUUCCACCUCUCAACAGAGUACUGACUCCUCCCCAUAAUGUGGACACCAUACCUCACUUGCGUAAAUUCUCCCCAAGCAAAGUUCCAGUCCAGACUCGAUCCUCUAUACAUUUUGCAGAUGAUACGAAUGCAGAAGGUGAAAAUGAGGAGACUUUGCCAACUAAUGAAAUCCAUGGAAACAACUCGCGUCCAGUAGCUUCAGUGGUUCCUCAGAGUAGUGGCAUUGGGCCACUGGCUGGGGAGGAGAGGGAAGGGAAGAGGAGCAGUUUGAUUGAGAUCCCAUUGUCCGAUCUGCAACCAACAGAAGAAUCAGAUUUAGAAGGAAUGGACUCACUAGAUGCAACUCCUGCAGAGGAAGGUGCAGCACAGAGAGGACUGGGAUUCUUCUUUAAGGGUGAGGAGAGGACAGAGGUGGAAAUGGCUCAAAGGAGAGCAGCCUUGCUGGAGAAGCAGCAGAAGAGGACUGAGGAAGCCAAAAAACGAAAACAGUGGCAGGAGGAAGAAAAAGAGAAAAAAGAGGAGGCCAAUAAACAGCAAGAGGAGCAGCAGCAGCAGCAGCAACAACAGCAGCGGCAGCGCAAGGAGGAAGAGGCCGUUCUACGUCGUGGCGACUUCACAAAACAAGAAUAUCAACGCCGACAGCAGCUGAAGAUCAUGGAAGACCUGGACAAAGUUCUCCGUCAGAAACCAAUGACUGUCCGGGCUGUUAAAAAGCCUCGACCCAAGACCGUCUUCCAUGAUGACUCGAUGAUUGCCCGAAGCCCUGUCAGAGGAUUGUUGGGUUCCAAGCUGAGUAAAGUUUAUUCUCAGUCCACCAUGUCCCUCUCCACGGUGGGGAAUGAAAAUGGCAGCGGAACUAUGAGGAAGUCCCCCAGAUCUCCAAGAGCGAUCUCUCCCUCUGGGCUCAUGUCUCCCAGCCGGGGUCUCUUCACUCAGAAUGGUGAUAAGGAUUGGGACACUGGAUCCACAGCAUCAUCCCCUGCCUCCAUCCCAGAGUACACUGGGCCCAAAUUGUACAAGGAACCAAGUGCAAAAUCAAACAAAUUUAUCAUACACAAUGCAUUAUCUCACUGCUGUUUGGCAGGCAAAGUCAACGAAACGCAGAAGAACAAAGUUCUCGAGGACAUGGAUAAGAGCCAGUCCAACCAUUUCCUCAUCCUGUUCCGUGACAGCAGUUGCCAGUUUCGAGCAGUCUACACCUUUUCAGCCGAGACAGAUGAACUGACCCGUCUGGCGGGCUAUGGCCCUCGCACAAUCACCCUGUCCAUGGUGGAAGACAUCUACAAAUACAGUUCUGACAGAAAACGCUUCACCCAGAUCCCCAGCAAAACCAUGUCAAUGAGUGUUGAUGCCUUCACUAUCCAGGGCCAUCUGUGGCAGACCAAGCGACCCACUACACCGAAAAAAGCCAGUACUCCUAAAUGA